AUUAAUUAACAAAUAUCGGGCUAUUGCUCUGUGACACCAGUAUAGGGCGUUGUUUUUCUCGAAUAUUUUUAUAUCGACAGCCAUGGAUGACGGCUGCGAUUUUUUGUUAUCCCAAUUUUUAGAUACGGUAGAAACGGAAAUCAAAAUUGAAAAUUCUGUAGGCCAGUUAGGAAACCUAAACAUUUCACAAUUAAACGAUGGGUACCUCAAGGAAGAAGAUUCUACACCUAUGGAUUUUCAGACUAUAAAUUUUGACUUAGGUAUUUUCUCGCGGGAGAAUUCAAUAGAUCAAAAUGAUGGUGACAUGAAAAUGGAAACUUUUGAAUGUGUUGGACCCAACGAAUCACAGAAUAGAAGGUUCGCUGAAGCUGUGUCGGAUGAUGAUUUGCGGCAGCUGAUUGACUCUCAGACAAAUCCUAAUACGCGGAGAAAUACGAAAUGGUGUGUUGAAAUGUUUAAUAAAUGGCGCGCAUCUCGAGAUAAUGUACCUUACAUGAAAGAAAUGAAUGCAGAAAUGCUGAAUUACUGGUUACAACGCUUUGUGUUGGAGGUACGUAAACAGGACGGCAGUGAAUAUCCCCCGCGUACUCUCUACUUCAUUGUUUGUGGAUUACUGCGUCAUUUGCGAGAGGAAAACGUCCAUGACAUGAAUUUUCUUGAUGAACAUGAUCACCGUUUUGCCGUUUUUCGUAAAGUUCUGGACGCCCGUAUGAAGGAAUUGUUAUCAAAAGGCUUAGGCACCAAAGUGAAACAAGCUGAUCCAAUUUUGCCGGACGAUGAAGAAAAAAUCUGGACUAAUGGAGUAUUCGGGUCACACUCUUCUCAAGCUCUACAGUACACAGUUUUCUUCUAUAACUGUAAGAUAUUCGGUUUGAGGGCCUUUGACGAACACAGAAAUCUGGAGUGUUCCCAGUUUGAAAUUGGGCAAGACGAGCAAGGAAAAUUUAUUCGAUUUACGGGCAGAUCAUCUAAGACUUACAAAGGGGGGCUGAAACAUCUGCAGCUUACCAAUAAAGAUUUGAAACAUUACUGCCAAGAAGGUGAACGGUGUCUAGCAGAUUUCUAUCGUACCUACCUCGAAGCUCUCAAUAAUGAUGGACUUUUUUACCGCCGUCCCUUAGCUGUUGCAGGUCCUGUAUGCGUGCGAUAUGGCGAACAUGUGCUGGGAGUUAACAAACUAAAGGGCCUGAUGAAGGAAAUUACAGGAAAAGCAGGACUGAAGGGAAACUUUACCAACCACUCGGGCAAGAGGACAUGUGCUACUCAGUUAUACCACGCAGGGAUCGACGAGCAGGAAAUCAUAACA